AUGUUCAUCAUAGACUGGUUCAGAUCCCUCCUAUCAGACUGGGGUCUUCUCAACAAGAACGCCAAAAUCCUCUUCCUGGGCCUCGACAAUGCAGGUAAAACGACACUGUUGCAUAUGCUGAAGAACGACAGGCUUGCUACCUUGACCCCGACUUUGCAUCCAACCUCAGAGGAACUGCAAGUAGCAAACAUCAAAUUCACGACAUAUGAUCUGGGAGGACAUCAACAGGCGCGUCGGUUGUGGAAAGACUACUUCCCAGAGGUCCACGGAAUCGUCUACCUCGUAGACUGCGCCGACCAGGAGCGGUUCGCGGAGAGUAAAGCCGAGCUUGACGCCCUCUUAUCAAUCGAAGAGCUCUCAAAAGUUCCCUUCCUCAUUCUCGGCAACAAGAUCGACGCCCGCGGCGCCGUCUCAGAAGAAGAGCUCCGCCACGCCCUUGGCCUGUACCAAACCACCGGAAAAGGGAAAGUGCUGCUGAAGGAUAUCCGCCCCGUCGAGCUGUUCAUGUGCUCUAUCGUUAUGAAGCAGGGUUAUGGCGAUGGGUUCCGUUGGUUGAGUUUUUAUAUC